ACACAAUGCAGCCGUAAAGAGGGGGAGAAAAAGGCGCAGAUGAAUAACACGGGUGACCUACGCUCGGCCAGCCUCCCCUACGGCCGCGUGCGCCCCUUCUCCCGAGCAACCGCCUCUCACUCCUCGUACAUAUAUAUAGAGCAAUAGAGUGCCACUCCCUCAUCACACUCCCCUCCGAACAUACACCGAAGCGCAUCCAGCGACCCGCGGGAAAGAACAUGAAGCUUGCCGUAGUUUUCGCUCUCGUGGCCGUGGCCGUGGCCGAGCAGGUGCCCCUCACCACCCCCCCUGUGGCCAUCCUGAGGAGCGCCCAGGUCAACCCCGACGCGUUCGGCGCCCACAGCUCCGACUUCGAGGCCGAGAACGGCAUCGUGUUCCAGUUCUCGGGCUCCGAGGGUGCCGCUGGCGGUGCCAACAUGGUCGGGUCUUGGAGCUACCCCCAGGAGGACGGCUCUCUGGCCGAAGUGAAGUUCGUGGCAGACGAGAACGGCUUCCAGCCCGAGUCCUCCCUCCUGCCCGUGGCCCCCGCCUUCCCCCACCCCAUCCCCCAGUUCGUCCUCGACCAGAUCGAGUUCGCCCGCCUCGAGGACGAGCGCAAGGCUCUCGAGGCUCAGCAGGCAGAGACGACUGAGGCUUAGAUGACGAUGGCACAGCCCAAAGGCUGUUUCAGAAAUUCCCAUAUUUAUGUUCACUUGUUUCUUGUUAUGAGUUUGUUUAAGGAAUGUAAAUAAUGUAAAUAAUGGAAUUACGCUGAUGAUUCCAUGCACCGUAAUCAGCAAAUGAACGCCUGAAGCAAUUAAACUGUCACUGACA